AUGUCUGAGGCAUCGGAUAAAGCUCAAACAGGUUGGCGAAUCCCUCGCGCAUGCCAAGAAUGCCGCAAACGUAAAAUCAAGUGCAAUGGCCUGACCCCGUGCAAAACUUGCCAACUGCGCAACACACCCUGUAUAUACAGAGACUAUAUUCGCCAUAGGCGAAAGAAACAUGAGAAUGAGGAAACCCCCGAGAGGAAUUCACCUCGUCAAGCUUCCCCAACUGGAGUGCCGCAGCGCACAGCCUCCGUCAUGAAUGACUUCCCGAAUAGCGUGUCUGCGACACAUAUGGCAUCACCGUCAUGUCGGAUGCAGCUAUACUAUGGCCCCACAUCUCAUUUCUCUCUCAUGCAGCAUAUCUAUCGGGAUCUCGUCUCCAAUCCUGCCUCCCAGCCUGAACCCUCUGGCGGAGUCGAGGAGGCUGGAGCUGGGUUGGAUUUGUUUAGCUUUCGUCGCAUUUUCUUCGGGACACCAGACUUUCAUGAAAACAAGUCCCUCGGGAAAGGAGAUUUGUCUAUGAUGUUCCUGCCGUACGACUUGGCUAAGCUUUUUCUGUCGCGAUUUCUCUCCAGCCUUUAUCAUCUGAUGCCACUUCGCCCAAAGAUAUAUUAUGAGCAAUGUCUGGACAAACUCUACAAUUCUUCGCCCACAGACCAUCUAGAUGCUUUCACCCAAGCGAUCCUUCUCCUUGCCAUGGCAAGCGCGGCACUUGGCACGGAUCAUUUUGCCUGGGGUGAUGUGCUGUUCGAGCGUGUCAAGGCUUCAUUAACCGCGUUUGAUGAUGUGACUGACAUACUUGGAUUUUACGCCAAUUACCAGAAUGAACAAGGUCGGCCCAACUCAGCGUUUUUAUAUUUGGGUUCUGCUUCUCGCAAGGCCUUAGCAGCAGGUCUACAUAAGGACGUUCCCCAUGAUGUUGAUCAAACCCCGGAAAAUAUUGAAGAACGACGGGUAACUUUCUGGUCUCUUUACAUCUACGAAACCUGGUUCUGCUUUCACGUGGGACGUCCUAGCUCCAUCUCUCUUAAAGAUGUCGCAAUAGAGUAUCCGCAGGAUCCGUUUAUUCGAUUGUUGGUGCAGCUUUGCAAGACCAUCACUCGUUCUGUUACUGAGAUAUACGGCCAGCGGCAUGAGUCUCUUCUGCACAUGUGGAGAGUCGCUCGGUCCAUUGCGGAUGACAUUCGUGGUCAUGAAGCACAUCUACAACAAGCUUUGGGUCUUGGUCUUGAUAGUAGCAUCCAGGCGGGAUCCAUUGGGGUUCGACAAACAAUAUUCAUUACUUUAUACUAUCAUACUCUACUUCUUACAUUUCGCCCGUUCUUGAUAUUCCGCGGCCAUUGGCAGCGCGAGAGGAAUAUCGCACUCAACCAGUCUAGCGCCCAUGUCACAAAUUACCCCAGAGAAACACCUUCUUGGCUCAACGAAGCCUGCAACCAUGCCAUCACUGCUGCCCAAAAAACACUCCAUCACUUAUGUGAAGCUUCAAGACUCAAUAAUCUUGUUCUGGAAUUACGAUACCAUGGGUACUUUUUCGGUAAUUCGGUAUUUACUCUCAUCUAUGAGUUCAUUCACAACCCGAAUGUCGCGCCUGUCUACCUGCCAUGGGUUUAUGCUUCAAUGCAAAUUUUGUCAACUAUGCGAGCUGGUGACCCGAUCGCAAGCACAAUUGCAGCCAUGCAGACUGUACUUCGCAAUAUCAACCCAUCGUACGAAUGGGUACCUCUAUUAGCAACAACUGGGGAUAACAUUGCGCUCCCAGGAGGGACAGCCAUACAGCAAGGCCUCACCUCCGACGGCAGGCAUCGAUUACUGCCCAAAAACCCCGUAAUUCCUCAGAACCCGUCAAUAGGAAUGCGGCCUGGCAUAUCAAAUUCUCCUUGGAAUCUCCCACAGGUGGAAACCUUGGAAAAUCCGGCAACCGGAGGCUCUGCGGGCUCCGGGGAAGACUUGCUUGAUUUUACUCAAUCUGACAUGGGCUGGGAUUUCGAUUUCUCCACCAUGGACCUGGACGCGUUCUUUUCGGUUUAUCAGUCAAAUUCUGGCCCAGUCCUCUGA